AUGAGCUCCACUCCUCGGGGCGACCCUGAGAAAUCAGCGGGCUUACGCUUUGACGAUCAAGGUACUGCCGCGACGCCGAACAAAAGACCAAGGCCUUCACAUCCACCACGACAUUAUGGUCAUGAGGCUCGAGAAAGGCUUCGACACUUCUUACAUCCCGACGGAAAGCGUAUACAUAUCGCCAACUCGCCUGAGGAGGCACUGAAGCUUAAGAGCAAGCUUGCGACCCGCCAUGAGAGCCAUGAGUUCGAUGUCUACAUCUCAGGAUCUCCCGAGCAUCUGGACGCCAUUCGAGAAGCUCGGCAGCACCAUGAAGCACGACGAUCUGAGCUCGAGACCACGCACAAAGACAUUUACGAGCGCUUUGCUGACGUUCACGCCGAGCUGGAUAUGCUAAGCAGUGAGCUUGAUCGGGUGACGACCCAUGGUAUAAGUCUUGAAGCUCACUUCAACCGCUUCGGCUACGAUGCACAUAUCAAGUCCUAUGACGAGGACGAAGAGAGCCCCAGCGCCAGUGGCGUCACGACACCACGAGGCAGUACGUCUGGAAGGCGAGGCAGCUCGCUCAGCGAAGAAGCAAGUGACAAAGGCAUCUCGCUGAAGCUCUUUAAGCGCCCUGUCGUGCGACAGUACUUUCACAAAGGUAUCCUUUGGCGAGCGAGCAAGUGUGAGGAAGUGCAGUCGUUCGAGCUCUUCGUGGACUUGCUCUACGUUGGUAUCAUUGCUAUCAACGGCGACGUGACGUCUGAAAGCCCCACUGGCAAGAGCCUGCUCAACUUCGUUAUCACCUUCACGCUUAGCUUCAAGAUCUGGAAUGACAUGGCGCAGAUCAUUUCAUGGUUCGAGACAGACGACAUGUUCCAACGCUUCUCGAUCGCUUUCGAGCUGGUCUGCUUGUUCGGCUUCACGACCAAUAUCACGCAAGCUUUCGAACGUGAAGGCUCGACAUACGCCACCAUGAUAGGCUUCUAUCUCACCGCCCGGCUGUACAAUGCUCUCUAUCUGGCUCACAUAGCCUGGGUCCUCCCUAUGAUCCGAUCAGUCAUGGUCUUCCACGUCACUAUCAUCCUGAUCGGCUCUGCUAUUUGGGUCGGAAGUAUCCAUCUCGAGUACCCGAAACAGCUCAUCCUCACCCUGAUAGCUCUCUGCUUCGAUGUCUUCGCGCCAAUGACGCUCGUCCUACUCAAAAUGACAGUCGAGAAUAUCAAAGGCAAAGACUUCUUCGAAAAUCUUUUCGAGUUUUGGCCAGCGAUGAACAUUGAACACCGUACUGAAAGGCAGAACGCUUUCGUCACCCUGGUCUUCGGCUACACAGUUGUCGCUAUGCUGUAUCAGAGCACAGUCAACGGCAUCGACGCCUUCUUUGGGAAGGCCUCAUUGGGUCUCCUCCAAGCAUUCUGCUUCAACUGGAUUUACUUCGAGAUUGAUGGUGCAAAUCUACACUACCAUGCUAUCCGUCGCCAUAAACUCAGUGCCAUGCUAUGGGCUCUUGCACACCUCCCAUUCAUCAUGGCUUUCGUGCUUGGUGGUGGCGCGCUCAGCCGGCUUGUGGUAGCGACAGACACGGCAAACAGCGAUCUCGAGCACUUGACCGAAACAUAUCAGCAAAGAAGCGAGCACGAAGUCCAGAUUGGACUAAGAUGGUUCUACUGUGCCGGUUUCGGCAUAGCGCUAGCUUGUAUGGGUAUCAUAUCUAGCUCGCACGUACACAAGGAGAUCGCUGGUCUACGCUUAAAGAAGCGAUAUAGAUUGGCAUGGCGCUUCUGCAUCGCCCUAAUACUGAUUUGCUUACCGCUAGCCGAGAGCCUGACCUCGCUGGAGCUCAUUGGAACCGUGACAGCGCUUAUAGUAUUCGCGCUGGGCACGGAGCUGUGGGCUGCAAGCUGCGCGGGCGAAUCGUUGUGCUCCCGUGCGAAGCCUUGUAAAUACACUGGUCAGUGUGGCAAGAGCAAACUACAUGCACUGGUACAGGAUGGAACGGAGGUGGAUGUGAGUACGCUAGCCAGUCAUAACAAUAGCCAGGAUGGAUUGAUUGUUGGGCCGUAA